AUUAGAAAUAUACAACAGGGAGGGUCAAAGCAAGCAAAAACGAGGGGCUGACUGAGAACUGAAGCAGGGCAAAGCAGCCUUUCGGAGAUAUCAAGAGACUAAGCCCUCGACAUUUCCGAAGUUCUACUAACCCAUCUCCCCUUCCUUACUUUCCUUCUCUGUUAUUCUAUAAUCCUAAUUUUAGUAGUGGCCUUUCUCACUUCUUCAACUCUGUAAACCCCAUCUUUUUUCUUUAUCGUUUCUUCCACUUUCUUAAUACUUUGCUAGAUUUAUUCCAUUUAUUCAUAGUUAGAAAGAUACCUUCCUCUUCCUUCGAAAUAUUUCUGUGGUGAUAUAGAGUUGGAAAGAUGGCGACGCUGUCUUCAUCACCACAUUGUUCAUCAUCCCCUUAUUAUUCCAAUUCAUCGUCAAUUGUUUUUCAUCAUCAGAAAGUGGUGACUCUUUCUUCCAUUCGUCCCCAGAGCUUUGGUCCAGGAAGAUUUUCUUUACAAUCAAAGACAAAACCGAAUUCCAUUGUGGUCUGCAUGCAGGAUGGUGCCGCAGCAGCAACUAUUAGCCCCAUUGAAAAUGAAACUCCUCUAAAGAAGUUGACGGAUGGGUUGUUAAAUGUAGCCUCCCCGGAGGACCGCAAAGAGGCAGCUGCUUUUGAUAUCAAUAGAGAUAAAUCCACCGUCAGCGUCACCGUAGUUGGUGCCUCAGGAGACCUUGCCAAGAAGAAGAUAUUUCCUGCACUUUUUGCACUUUACUAUGAGGGUUGCCUCCCUGAGCAUUUCACUGUUUUUGGUUAUGCUCGGAGUAAGAUGACGGAUGCUGAACUUAGAACCAUGGUUAGCAAAACUCUUACUUGCAGGAUAGAUAAGAGAGAAAACUGUGGUGAAAAGAUGGAAGAGUUCCUAAACAGGUGUUUUUACCACUGUGGUCAGUAUGACUCCCAGGAACAUUUUGGAGAACUUGAUAAGAAACUCAAGGAACAGGAGGCUGGCAGAGUUUCUAAUCGACUUUUCUACUUGUCAAUUCCACCAAAUAUUUUUAUAGAUGCUGUAAAAUGUGCGAGCCUCUCUGCAUCUGCUGCAAAUGGCUGGACUAGGGUCAUUGUUGAGAAACCCUUUGGUCGUGAUUCUGAAUCUUCUGCUGCUUUGACAAAAGCUCUUAAGCAGUAUUUAGAGGAGGACCAGAUUUUUAGGAUAGAUCACUAUCUAGGAAAAGAGCUUGUAGAGAAUCUUUCUGUCCUCCGCUUUUCCAACCUCAUCUUUGAACCCUUGUGGUCAAGACAGUACAUAAGGAAUGUACAGUUGAUCUUCUCUGAAGAUUUUGGGACUGAAGGACGUGGAGGUUACUUUGACAGUUAUGGAAUUAUCAGAGAUAUAAUGCAAAAUCAUUUGCUUCAAAUACUGGCCCUCUUUGCAAUGGAAACACCUGUCAGUUUGGAUGCAGAAGAUAUUAGAAAUGAGAAGGUCAAAGUCUUGCGUUCCAUGAGGCCUUUAAAGCUUGAUGAUGUGGUCAUAGGACAGUACAAGAGUCACACAAAAGGAGUUGUUUCAUACCCAGCAUAUACUGAUGACAAGACUGUAUCCAAAGACAGCAGAACCCCAACAUUUGCUGCAGCUGCUCUUUUCAUAGAUAACUCAAGAUGGGAUGGGGUGCCUUUUCUGAUGAAAGCUGGGAAAGCUCUUCAUAAUCGGAGGGCUGAGAUAAGAGUGCAGUUUAGGCAUGUGCCGGGUAACUUGUACAAUCGAACCUUUGGGACAGAUCUUGACCAGGCCACAAAUGAGCUUGUUAUUCGUGUUCAGCCAGAUGAAGCUAUCUAUCUGAAGAUUAAUAACAAGGUCCCUGGUUUGGGAAUGAGGCUGGACCGCAGUCAUCUUAAUCUUCUAUAUGCUGCAAGGUACUCGAAGGAGAUUCCUGAUGCAUACGAGAGACUUCUUCUGGAUGCUAUAGAAGGUGAAAGGCGGCUUUUCAUCCGAAGUGAUGAACUAGACGCUGCUUGGUCUCUAUUUACUCCUGUAUUAAAAGAAAUUGAGGAGAGGAAAAUCACUCCGGAAUACUAUCCCUAUGGAAGUCGAGGUCCUGUUGGAGCUCAUUACCUUGCAGCCAGAUACAAUGUACGUUGGGGUGAUCUUGGUCUUGAGCAAUAAAAGGAGAGCGUAUAUAUAUUAUAUUUCGAGUCAAGAAGCUACAUUUGCAGUGGUGGGAGAGGAGCCAGUUGCUGGCGAAGGAAUUCCACCAACAAUGGCUUGGAGCUGAUUCUUCUCCUCUCCGUAGCAGUCAGUCGAAAACUUGUUUUUAUCAGUUUUGUUUUUUUAAUUGAAUUGUAUGCCUGUCAAUUCAUCUACUAUAAAUUUUUUUUUUUUUUUUUGUAAGUUCAAGGGAGACUCUUUUAAGUCUUAGAUGAAGAAAAGACGCGGGCUUGAGCCCUGGUUGACUAGUUAAUAUCUCUCAACUUGGCGAAAUGGACUGUUCAGGCUGCGUCUUUUGCCCGAAUAACAUGGGCCUGUACCAGAGUGCGAAAUUCAAGUGGGGAGUGCAACAAUGAAUGGCUUUGGUCUGAUUUCAAAAA